GCCAUGGCCUCAAUCGAGUAAACUGACUUAUCGUGCCUAGUGCCGAGUAAAUUGAAUAAUCACCUCGGCUAAUUUCAUAUCAAGGCCGAUACAGUACGUAUCACCGCCGCGCAAGGCAGAUAGUGUCCGAUGUCAUAUCUGCCUCGGGUCAGCGGGAUAGAGAGAUAAAUUGCACCUUCCCCCGGCAAUUGUGGCCAAGACCAAAAGAGCAAGAGAGUCAAGAACGAAAGAUGACUACCACUAUUACUACAGUCCUCACUGUUCCCGGUCGCCCAAUGGCCUCGCAGACCCCACCAUUUUCUAAUUCAUCACUCCUUGAGCUUGUCGCCCACCGACCCCUACAUCUCGCACAUUCUAUCUGGUUGUUCACGUACAGCGAUCUAAAGACAAUCGUCGCGACCAGCCUCGGCUUUGGAUUCUUCACAGCCGCCGGAGCCAUCGCAUUUGGCCUUGAUCCGUUGCCAACCUGGUUCGAGUAUGUGAGCGGCUUGCUGACUGUGCUCAUGUGGGCCUGGCUCAAUCUACUCCCAUUCACCAUCGAUAAUCAACGUCAGCCUGCCUCCAUCCUGGAAGACUCGCUCAACAAACCAUGGAGACCGAUGCCCUCGAAGCGCAUGACUCCCGAGCAGGCCAGAAGCCUAAUGCUGCUGCUCUACGGAGCGGCGGUGGGAGUGAGCGCCCUUAUUGGCGGGCUCUGCCAAUGCCUCGUGCUGAUUGGUCUGGGCUACUGGUAUAACCAGAAGCAAGGCUCGGACGCUGGCUUCCUCGUCCGCAACCUCAUCAACAGCCUGGGGUUCAUGAGCUACAUCGCCGGCGCGGCGCAGCUCACGCUGGGCCCACAGCGGUGGACCACCUUCAUCGCCCUUGGCAGGGGUAUGAGUAUAGGGCCGACGUGGUUAGCUAUCAUUGGCGCUGUCGUAAUGAGCACCGUCCAGACUCAAGAUAUGUGUGAUCAGCUUGGGGACCGGGCGCGGGGCCGUAAGACGCUGCCUCUCGUCAUUGGCGACGUAGCGGCACGGUGGGUGACAGCAGUCACUAUAUCGAUGUGGGGCCCGUUUUGUGUCUGGUUCUGGGGAUGGAGAGGCUGGGUGGAGAACGGACAUACGAAGGGGUCCUUCGCAAGGUGUGCUGUUGGGGCCGCCAUUGCAGGAUUAGCGUGGGUGAUUGCCUUUCGGACUCUGGUUAUGCGCAGUGGACCCAAUGAUCAUACCACUUUCAAGCUGUGGAACUUGUGGCUCGUGGGUCUGUAUGCCUUGCCGCUGCUGGUGGGGGCGGAUGAAAAUGGAAAGAGUCAUUAAUGUCUCGAGGAGAUUGCUGAUCGAAGGUCAAAGAUCACAGAGUAUGAGUAGGUAAGAUGACGGGAGGAUUAGGGUGGCGUCGGGUGUGCGGGAAGGAAUGCAGUAGGAACCGGUG